AUGGGAAGGCGUCUCAAUGCUAUUAAAAGAAAACUAGCCAGAGCCUUUAAAGAUCGAAAGCAUAAAACUUCUAGAUCAAGUACACCGGAACUUCGUGGAUAUUCAUCUGGAAACAGUCAAUUGACACUUCCGGCUGAUUGUCUUAUUGAUAUAUUUUCACAUUUGGAAGAUGAUCAUAAAUCACUACAAUCGUGUGUUUUAGUCAACAGGUUAUGGUCUAGGAGUUCAGUACCUAUAUUAUGGGCUCGGCCUUUUAAAGAUUCAACGCCAUCGUCAAUCAUUGAUGUUUAUAUGUCAUAUUUAACUGACCUUGAAAGAAUACAUCUAGUUGAUAAUGGUAUUUCUGUUACCAACCGUCGACGAAAUCCGAUCUUUGAUUAUGUAUCAUUUUUGCGUCAUGUUAGCAUGGGAAGUCUUUAUACCAUAGUUCUUAAAUGGACAGAUCGGACACAAACAUCCCUUUCUACUAAUUCAAAACGGCGUAGUCAUAAUACAGAACCAAGUUUGGUAAUAUAUCAAGCGUUAUGCAGAUUGUUCUUCAGUCGACGUUCGAGCAUUAGGUCUUUAUCCCUCGACUGGGGUGAUAUGGAAAUCUGGAAAGCGUAUCCGCUGCUACUCUACUCGGCCGGUAUAGACACUUACCUGGCCAAAUUAAGACAAUUCUCUAUUCACUAUAUAACUGAUUGGUCAAUAUUUGGUUACUUAGCCAAAUACGCCAGGAAUAUUGAAAAUUUACAGGUUCUUGGUUAUUCUUUUAAUAUUCCUCCACAUCCUGAGGAUGAACAAAAUUUAGCAUCUUUGAUAAAAAUUCAAAAGAACUUAUUACACUUUAAGUUAUUCGGAUACGCAACAUAUCCUGUUUUAACUCUUAUUUCAUUGGGUGCUCAAGCAAAAUCUUUAAUAUCUGUGGAAAUUAGUUACAUUCAUUUUACUUCAACCACAUUGCAAGAGCCAACUUUUGAGGGGUUGGCUGCAUGUAGAAAUCUUGAAGAGUUAACUAUCUUGAAUUGUUUAAAUGCCACUGAAGAAAUUUUAUCUCCAUUAGUAUGUGCUACAUUUCCAUCUCUUCGUAAAAUACAUAUAGUAGAGUCAACAUACGGGUGGGAUAAUGUAGUAGUUUCAUUGAUUCAUAAUAAUUCUACAAACCUAGAAGAAGUUUAUUAUAAACCAGUAGACAAUCAACAACAUCAUAUAAUGUCUCCAACAAUAAUUGAAUCAGUUGCUCAAUGUUGUCCUCGAGUAGUGCGACUUGGCGUUCCUAUAGGUACAUUACAGAUAAGUCAUUUGACUGAUAUCCUUACAUCACCAGAUUGUCAACUUCGAAGUCUUAGUAUAUUUCGAAUGGAUCGAGUAUCUUGGGAUAGUGAAGAAUUGUGGAGUGGGUUGGGUAGUUUAAUGCCGACUACAUUAAGGCAUCUUAACAUUUGGAUUUAUUUAGGGGACACACCUAUGCAAUUGUUUUUACAAAAUACUCAGGCACCUUUAGAAACUUUAUAUGUUAGAUGGUGGACUCAUUAUCUUGGAUAUGAUUAUCAAUUAGUUGGUGCUUAUUUAAAAGACAAAAAAGUGGGAAUUUCGGAAUUUUUAAGGCAUGUUAUUUAA